CUCGACACCGCGGCUCGGAAUCGCGGCGAGGGCGCACGAGGGAUCGAGCGAUCGCGGCGAGAGACGCGCGCGCGCGGAGGGCGGAGACGGCGCGGCGCGCGGGGUUUACGCACGUCGCCCGGCUGCUGCGAACGAUGCGCGCGUCCGCGUGCGUCGCGUCGUCGGCGCGGACGCCGCGCGCGCCCGCGCGCGACGGCGGAUCGUCCGCGUCCACCGCGCGCGUUUCGACGCGCGCGAGCGAUCUCCGUUCCGCGCGCUCCGCGUUCGCGCGGAGCGACGUCGCGAUCGACGCGCCGCCGCGCGCGUCGCGCGCGCGCCGGCGAUCGCGCGCAAGGUCGUCGUCGACGUCCGCGUCGAUGGGAAUGAUUCGCCUCCUGAAGUUCGACCCGAAGCGCGUCUCCGUGUCCUUCGGCGAGGCGACGCGGCGGUCGAUCGCGGAGCCGCAGCGCGAGCGCCGCUACACGCUCACGCACAACGACCUCACGCGCCAGCUGACGCUGUCCGUCGCGCGCGACUUCGACGGCGCGCAGACGGCGCUGUGGUACACGCGGCUGCUUCGCGACGAGGUUCUCGCGGAGUGGCGCGACGACGGCUUACACGUCCACUGCAACGUCAGCGUGGAGGGGCACUGGUGGAUCGAUUGGGCGAAGUCGCUGCGAUCGGUCGUGUUUCGACAGAAGCUGCCGCUCGUGCUGGAUACGCUGCGGUACGCGGAGAGAGAGCUGUUGGCGCGGCGGCCGAGGCUGAACGACGCGCCCGUGUUCGUGCACUUCCACGGCGACUUCGGGACGCCGCCGAGCUCGCAGACCGACUCCUCCGGGACGGAUUUCGAUCGCGCGUUCAGAGACGCGGGGGUGAAGGAGUGCUGGGGCGCGUUCAGAGACGCCGGGAGCACCGGGUCGCCGUCGAGCAGGGAGCUCGAGGUGUUCGAGAACGAGGUGGCGGAGAAUAGAAAGACGGGCAUCGCGUUCGCGCGCGCCGUCGACAUGUGGUCGGUCACCGUCGCGGCCGCUACGGUCUGCGAGCCAGGGUGCGUCCCGGAGGAGUCGGUCUCGGUCUGCGAGCUCGGCGGCGAGGACGCGGUGUUUAGCAUCCCAGCCUCGGCGUCGUCCUCGGGCGCGUCGAACGGCGCUGGUGGCGCGGGGGUGAGCGCGGGGGUGAGCGCGGGCGUCGGCGCGGGCGCGGGGGGCGCGCGGACGCCGUCGGUGGCGCCGGCGCGGGCGGUGGGCCGCGCGCCGGGGAGGUGA